AAAUAAAGGAUUUUUCUUUUCAGUUUCUUCUUUUUUCUUCUUUCAAAGAGUAAAGUAAGUAAGAGGAUAAUUUAGAGAAGAGAGAAAUGAUGAAGGAAUGUGAAUUAUGUGAAGCACCAGCGAGGAUGUAUUGUGAAUCAGAUCAAGCAAGUUUGUGUUGGGAUUGUGAUGAGAAAGUUCAUUGUGCUAAUUUCUUAGUAGCUAGACAUACAAGAGUUUUACUUUGUCAUUCAUGUCAAACGCCAACGCCAUGGAAAGCAUCAGGAUCUAAACUUGGACAUACGAUUUCAGUUUGUGAAAGAUGUGUUAAGAGAUGUGAUAAAAGUAAUGGAAAUGAUGAGGAUGAUGAAGAGAGUCGUAAAGAAGAUAGCGAUGAUGAUGAUGAUGAUGAUCAAUUUCACGAUGCAGAUGAAAACGAUGAUGAGGAAACCGAUGAAGAUGAGAUUGAUGAAACUGAUGAUGAUGAUGAUGAUGAUGAUGAUGAAGAUGCAGAUAAUCAAGUGGUUCCAUGGUCAUCUACACCGCCUCCACCACCGAUUCCUAGCUGUUCUUCUAGUAAUAGUGAUGAAUCUUCAUCUAGUAGUAGACUAGUUUGUAUUGAAAGAGAUUUUAGUAGCAGCACUAGUACUGUUGGUGGUGAUAAAAGGAAUACUGCAGCAGGAGCAACAGUUUCUUUACCUUUGAAGAGGAUGCGUGAGAACUUAGAUCUCAGUUUUCAUCAGGAUGAUGAGAUUGGUUGUUCACCUUCACCAUCAGCAGCAAUGGAAGUAGAAGAAGAAGUUGCAACAUCUGUAAUUUCUUUCAGACCUUUGAAAGAUAGAAAAGUAGCCUUAACAACUUCAAAUUCAACAACUCUUAUCGGUUCUCUGAAAAGAUUUGAACAGAAAAUUGUUUCCAGUAAAGAAAUUGAAGAAUCUUCAGAAUCAAUACUUGCUAUUUGCAAAUUAAGUAAAGAUCCAACAGCUAUCUGAUUUUCCUUGAUGCAAUUAUAACAGUGGAAAAUUAUUGGGAGAUAAUUAUUAUUUUUUUAUUUUUUUUUUGAUCCAUUUAAUUGUUAAUUGAUGUUCCUAACUAGUGUAUUAUUAUUAACCUGUACUAUUAAAUUGAAAUGGAUCUUUUAUUUUUCUUCUUACAAAAAA